CGAACGAGCCAACGAGCGUAGCGCCAUUUGCAGCCGGCUAGCUCUGGACGUACCGGAGGCCGGAAGCCGGUCGCCGGAGCGAGCGAUGAUGUCGGAUCAGAGAGGGGAGUGGGAGGACUACCGGACGCCGCACGGGCUGCUGAUGGCGGUGGUGAUGGGGGCGGUGGUGGCGGGGCCGCUGUUCGUCCUGGACGGCGGCGAGGCGGUGCGCGAGGCCCUGUCGGAGCUCCUCGGGCCCGUGGGGCUCCCGCUGCUCCCCCUCGGCCUCGUCCUCGUCAUCCGCGUCCUCUCCUCCGGCCUCCGGCUCGUCGACGUCUUCGGCUUCGCCCUGGGAGAGUCGCUCGACGCCGCCUACCGCUCCGGGCGGGGAUCGCCGGUGGGGGUCGUGCUCGCGCUGAUGUUCUUCCUGCUCGCGGUGUACUACAGGUCGUGGUCGCCGUUCGGCGGCGACGACGAGUAGCUGCCGUGGGCUGUGGCCGGUGAGAUCGGGCGUACGGUGCGGGUUUGCAUGUGUGAUGCAUGUGCGAUCGGCAGCCUGCUGCUUAGUUGUAAAUUUGUAAUCGGCAAAAAUAACAUUGAGCCUCUUUGAUUCAAAGAAUUUUUAGAGGGUUCUAAUCCUAGGCAUGUUUUCUACCUGAGUUCUUGGAUUCAUAGGAUUGCAAACCACAUGAAAUUUUUGUUAAGAUUUAUUUGUAGUUUUGUACUAGGUUUAAUACUCCCUUAGUUCCAUAUUAAUUGCC